GCGGCGGGGGGACUCCGGCAAGGACAUGGCUCCUGACUCCCGGGAGGAACAUGGUCUCUAGCGACCGGCCCGUGUCACUGGAGGACGAGGUCUCCCAUAGUAUGAAGGAGAUGAUUGGAGGCUGUUGCGUUUGCUCAGACGAGAGAGGCUGGGCCGAGAACCCGCUGGUGUAUUGCGACGGGCACGGCUGCAGCGUCGCGGUGCAUCAAGCUUGCUAUGGCAUUGUUCAAGUACCCACUGGACCAUGGUUUUGUAGGAAAUGUGAAUCUCAGGAGAGAGCAGCCAGAGUGAGAUGUGAACUGUGUCCUCAUAAGGAUGGAGCUUUAAAAAGAACAGAUAAUGGGGGUUGGGCUCAUGUGGUCUGUGCCCUGUAUAUUCCCGAGGUACAGUUUGCCAAUGUUUCUACAAUGGAGCCAAUUGUCUUACAGUCUGUUCCACAUGAUCGCUAUAAUAAGACUUGCUACAUUUGUGAUGAACAAGGAAGAGAAAGCAAAGCAGCCACUGGCGCUUGCAUGACUUGUAAUAAGCAUGGAUGCCGGCAGGCUUUCCACGUGACGUGUGCUCAAUUUGCUGGACUACUUUGUGAAGAAGAAGGUAAUGGUGCAGAUAAUGUCCAAUACUGUGGCUACUGUAAAUACCAUUUUAGUAAGCUGAAAAAGAGCAAACGGGGAUCUAAUAGGUCAUAUGAUCAAAGUUUAAGUGAUUCCUCCUCUCACUCUCAGGAUAAACAUCAUGAGAAAGAGAAAAAAAAAUAUAAAGAAAAGGACAAACACAAACAAAAACACAAGAAGCAGCCGGAACCAGCACCUGCCUUGGUUCCAUCCUUGACCGUUACUACAGAAAAAACUUACACGAGCACUAGCAACAACUCGAUAUCUGGAACUUUGAAACGCUUGGAAGAUACUGCAGCACGAUUCACAAAUGCCAACUUCCAGGAAGUGUCUGCCCACACCGCUAGUGGAAAAGAUGUUUCUGAGGCCAGAGGGUCAGACAGCAAAGGGAAGAAAUCUUCAGCUCACAACUCAGGUCAGAGGGGGAGGAAGCCUGGAGGAAGAAACCCCGGAACGACUGUGUCGGCUGCUAGUCCUUUCCAGCAAGGCAGUUUUUCUGGAACUCCAGGCAGUGUAAAGUCAUCUUCCGGAAGUUCAGUUCAGUCGCCCCAGGAUUUCUUGAGCUUUACAGACUCAGAUCUGCGUAAUGACACUUACACUCACUCCCAACAGUCAUCGACAACCAAAGAUGUACAUAAAGGAGAGUCUGGAAGUCAGGAAGGAGGGGUGAACAGUUUCACUUCUUUAAUUGGCCUCCCUUCCACCUCCACUGUUAUUCCACAGCCUAAAAGCUUUGAAACUUCACCUGGAGAUCUGGGUAAUCCCAGCCUUCCUAUAGCAGGAUACAAGCGGGCCGCCCCUUCUGGCUUAGAAGAAGAAGCCAUCAAGGAAAAGAAGCGGAAAGGGAAUAAGCAGAGUAAGCAUGGGCCUGGUAGGCCCAAAGGAAACAAGAGCCAAGAGAAUGUGUCCCACCUCUCAGUCUCUUCUGCUUCACCCACCUCGUCUGUCGCCUCGGCGGCAGGAAGUGUGACUAGCUCGAGUCUUCAGAAGUCUCCCACGUUGCUCAGGAAUGGAAGUUUACAGAGUCUUAGUGUUGGCUCCUCUCCAGUCGGUUCAGAAAUUUCCAUGCAGUAUCGGCAUGAUGGAGCUUGUCCAACAACUACUUUCUCAGAGUUGCUGAAUGCAAUACACAAUGGUAUUUAUAACAGCAAUGAUGUAGCGGUCUCCUUCCCAAAUGUAGUGUCUGGCUCAGGCUCUAGCACUCCUGUCUCCAGCUCUCACUUACCUCAGCAGUCUUCCGGCCACUUGCAGCCAGUGGGCGCCCUCUCCCCAUCUGCUGCAUCUGCCGCAGCCCCUACUGCUGCUACCACUCAGGCAACUACCCUCCCUGGAUCUUCUCUUAGUCAGGCGCCUUCUCAUCUCUACGGCAAUAGAUUAAAUUCAAAUUCAUCGGUGGCAGCUCUUCUGUCUCAGUCUGAGAACAAUCAAACAGAUCAAGAUCUGGGAGACAAUGGAUGCAGAGGAAGCUCUCCCCGUGGAAGUCUGUCCCCACGAUCCCCCGUCAGCAGCCUGCAGAUUCGCUAUGACCAACCUGGCAGCAGCAGUUUGGAAAAUUUGCCUCCAGUAGCAGCCAGCAUAGAGCAGCUCUUGGAGAGGCAGUGGAGUGAAGGACAGCAGUUUUUGCUAGAACAGGGUACCCCUAGUGACAUUUUAGGAAUGCUGAAGUCACUGCACCAACUUCAAGUUGAAAAUCGAAGAUUAGAGGAACAGAUUAAAAACCUGACCGCCAAAAAGGAGCGCCUUCAGUUACUGAACGCACAGCUCGCAGUGCCUUUCCCAACAAUAACCGCCAACCCGAGCCCUUCCCACCAGAUGCACGUGUUUCCGGCACAGCCUGCGCCUACUACAGAAUCCUUGAGUAGCAGUAAAAGCCCUCAUCUUGGAAACAGCUUUUUACCCGAUAAUUCUCUGCCUGUGUUAAAUCAGGACUUGACCUCCAGCGGGCAGAGCACCAGCAGCUCCUCGGCCCUGUCCACACCCCCUCCCGCUGGGCAGAGCCCCGCUCAGCAGGGCCCAGGUGUCCCUGGCGUGCAGCAGGUCAAUGGCGUGGCGGUGGGCGCGCUGGCUGGUGGGAUGCAGACCGUCCCGCCUGCCCUGCCUGCUGUGGGUGGCAUAAUUGGCGCUCUGCCAGGUAACCAGCUGGCAAUUAAUGGCAUCGUAGGAGCUUUAAAUGGGGUUAUUCAGACCCCCGUUACAAUCUCCCAGAAUCCUACCCCCCUCACCCACACCACUGUACCACCUAACGCAACCCAUCCAAUGCCAGCCACACUGACGAACAGUGCCUCGGGACUAGGAUUACUUUCUGACCAGCAAAGACAAAUAUUUCUACAUCAACAGCAAUUUCAACAGUUGCUAAAUUCUCAACAGCUCACACCAGAGCAGCACCAGGCACUUCUGUAUCAGUUAAUGCAGCACCAUCACCACCAGCAGCACCACCAGCCUGAGCUCCAGCAGCUACAAAUUCCCGGACCAACGCAAAUCCCCAUAAACAACCUGCUGGCAGGUACUCAGGCACCGCCUCUGCACCCGGCCACCACCAACCCCUUCCUCACCAUCCACAGCGAGAAUGCAAGUCAGAAGGUUACGAGACUUAGUGAUAAAACGGGGCCCGCAGCUCAGGAGAAGAGUUGACACUUGAGAACCGUCUAGCAAAGGCUCCUCCUGCUGCUGUCGCCACAGUGCUCGGACCACACCCCUGAAGAGACUAACUGCACAACAAAAGAUUCAUGGCCACGAGGACAGUCUUGUGUGGCUUGGAUUAGUUUUUUUGUUGCUUCGUUGCACUGAAAUGAAAUUCCCACACCCCCAAGCCCCUACCCGUAUUUUUUUGAACUUUAAAAAGAAAAUUUAAUAACUAACUUUUGUCAAUGAAAUAAUUACAUGCAAUGAGUUUAUUAACCUAAGAGAAAUUUAAUGUAGUUGGUGCACAGCUAAAUUCAUUCUGAAUUGGAGAGAUGAGUAGCAAACUGAAGUCUUACUCCACUUAUCAACUAUUGGGUUUAUUGUGCAAGUUGGACUAUGAGAUAUGUGAUCUUUCGUUUGGGUUAUAAGGUAUAAAAUUAUAAAUGCUUGCUCCGAGAGUCAAAUCUUGCAUUGCAAGGAAUUGCCCGAUCCUACUGGGAUUUUAGGGAUUAAAUCUUGCAAAUAAAUAGGUCGUUAACUGGGACCCGGCAAUUUUCGUUGUAAAAUUUCCUUUCUAAUGGGAUUUGGCCUAUAUUGGUAAUCAAGGUAGGAUGGCAAUGUCUGCUUAUGCUAAACGUAAUUUUUUUUUGGGGGGGGGAGUGUUAAUGACCUACCCAUAUUUGAAGAAACCUUGAGUUAAGUGAGUUCUAAGGGCUGCUGGGAAGCGUAGAUCAGUUCAAAGCGGAAGACUUCUUUCAGAAAGGGAGGCCACUCUGGCAUCUGGGCGGGUCUGGCCUUCAUCAAGUGCCUGUUAGUGCUUCCAUUGUGUUGAAAUGGCUCUGGACGCUGAGCUUGCACUCGCGGACUAGGCGGUGCGGGCACCAGCAGCCUCCCCAGGGUGUUCUGCCUUCAGUCAAAACUUUCUAUGCCACUGUAGAUAGCUCAGGCAAACCUAUUACCUGGGUGUUUAUCCACUAAUGAGUCACAGAGAAAUAAGUUUAUAGACGUGGUGAGAAUUGACAGAGCAAAUCAGUGUGUUAAAGACAAAGGAAGAGCUCCGGAAACAGGUGAAAUCCAGGGUCCAGCCACACCCCCAGCGGACACAGUGGCCGAGUAGACGCAAAACAAUCGGGUGCAAUGGUUGAACUGUUCUGAGGUGUGUGAAUUAUUAGUGGAAAAGACCCAGAUGUGAUUAGACCUCCACUGUGUACUUAGCUGGAAGAGCAUGUUAAUUCUGCAAUAUGUCUCUUGGUUAAACAUUGCACAGUUCUUACCUCAUUUCUGUAAAUAAGGUUUGUGAAUCUGUUUUGUAUUGUGAAAAAUUCCUAAAUAACAUUGAUAUUUUGAUUUGUAAUAUUUCUAAUUGGUAGAUUUAAUGGAAAAGUAAAAAUUAAUUUAUUUUUAUAUGUUCAGGGGAAUUUUAAAGACAGUCAGAUCUUUUGUAGAUAAUUAAAUCAGUGUGGUUUAUUUUACUUAUUAACCCACUGGUGUUAUUCUGUAACAAUUUGUACAAAUGGUAAAUUUUGAAUGUGUUGUUAUUUUACUUAGAUGUAAAAUUCCACAUGUAUUAAAGAAAAUGUACAAAGAUUUUGUUAAUAAAAUUUAAUAAUGUUUAUAA